AUGGAUAAUCGAAAACGAGCUACUAGAGCUUGUGAUGAGUGUCGACGUUUGAAGGAGAAGUGUGAGGGCGGAGUCCCCUGCAAGAGAUGCUCUCACUUCCAUCGACAAUGUGAAUUCAAGGGUGUCAUGUCCAGAGCUCGAGAAUUCCGUGCUUAUGUUCCAAGGGAGAGAGUGGAUAAGCCCGAUAUUCAAGAACUGAUUGCACGAUCCAAGUAUAUGGAGCGAAUAUUAAAGCGCACUGUCGAUGGUAUCAGGCUUGACACUAAGAGUCUUGCUCAAUUGGCAGACAAAUUAGAAGCUGACCAGGGUAAUGGAGACUUGCUUGAGGCCGACCUCGAAGAUGUGGAAGGCUUGACAAUAGACGACGAGGCUUAUACUAUAGAUCCUGUCAACGAUACGACCACACAUUUCUCUGGAGAGUUUUCCUAUUGGAAUUUUUCCAUGCGGGUCAAGCAGCACAUUGAGGAGCAAGUCGGAGGAUUGGAGAAUCAUAAUAAUGAUACAAAUCAUACUACAGAUUUCCCACGCGCUCACCAGCUGCGUCCAGGGCUGCGUCAUCUGUCAGCAGCAAUAUACUGCUGCCCUCCUCAGGCCAUAGCUGAAUUCUUGGCAAGGACGUUCUUCAAAUACGCCGACAUGUACUAUUUCUUUGUCGAAGAAACUUGGUUAUUUGAAAAAUUGAAAUUACUCUACAGCGAUCCUUCAAGGUUCAUAGAGAACAAGGGCGAAGUGACCAUCAGUAUUGUUCUUACAAUACUUGCAAUAGGGUCUCAGUACGCGCAUCUUGAGUCUUCAGGGCAGGAUCAUAAAACAGCUUCUGGAUCAAAAACGUCCGAGGAGGAUAUUGGUGCAACAUUUUAUGAGCAGGCUGUCCGUUUACUGCCAGAGAUUAUUGAGCUAUCGUCUCUUGAAAGUGUUCAGGCUUGUUUGCUCUUUGGAUACUACGCACUACCUGUUGAUGCUUCUGGAUUGGGGUAUAUCUACAUCAAUCUUACAAUACGACUUGGAAUGCAAAACGGGAUGCACCGAAGGUGUAAACCUGAUGCUUUUUCACCGGCCAUGAUCGAGAGUCGCAAUCGAGUAUGGUGGACAGCAUAUCUGCUCGAGAGGAAAAUAUCCAUUUUCCAUGGUAGACCUCUUUCAAUGCUGCGAUCUGACAUGGAUGCGAAUCUCCCGACCUAUCGAGCCGAUCUAGGACUUAGUGAAACGCGAGAGAAUAUUGAACGAACUAACGUCUCUAUCCGACUGGCUCAUUUUCUGGAAGACCUUUUUGAAAAAGUAACCUUGCUCCGCAGCUGCGAAAAGACUCAGGUCCCAAAAAUAGUCUCAAAACUGCUAACCAGCAAAGCGGACUUGACAAAAUGGUGGAAUUCUCUCCCGGAAGAAAUAACAGGUGGUGGAUCUCAGCAUCUACUCCACGCGCGUGCAGCGAUGCAUUUGCAGCUGGAAUAUUGCCUAGUCCGAAUGUUCAUCGGCCGGCCCUUCCUACUGAAGAAGAGCACUUCUGAUUCAGAAAAUCCAUCCCCUCGCUCCGAAAGUGACCAUAACGAAGGAGCAAGUCAAAGAUCUGUCUCGGGUCGUAAAGACCUGACCGAUGACUGUGUUCAAGCGGCAACGUGGGCUUUGGAGAUAUGUCAGAAGCUCCGGGACAAAGAGCCCGGUCUAGCGCGGGCUUCUUACAUAGAGUAUAGCGCAUGUCGGGCAUCGCUGUUAGUAUUAAUCGCUUACUCAAUUCAGAGGUUUUCGGAGCAGUUCCGUAGGUCAUUGUACAAUGGCCUGGAUAUGAUUCGGGAGAUGUCGGCUGCUGGAGAGUCUGCUCGAUCUGAAGUCUCUUUGAUUGAAACUCUGGAGCGUGCACUGGCUUGUCUGCAUUCAGGGGCUCAGUACUCUCAAGACGCACCAAAUGUCGCAUCAAUGUCAGACUAUGAAGCCUUUAAGCACUGGGGUGCAAGGCUGAAGGAAAGUCUGCCAUUGGAAGAAUCUGCUUCUGGAGCAGGUCCGCUUGCCAGCCAAGCUUUGCUGUCACAAGCUACGGAGUUUUGUUCCAACCAAAUGAUUGGAAUUGAUUAUGGAAAUGCAGCGUUGGCAGCUGUUGAUGAUCACAACAUCUUUGAUUCUUUUGUUCCUUCCUUUGAGACGCCUAUAUUGAGUGCAGAAAAUCUCUCGUCAUCAGCUUGGCCGACAUGGACUGAAGCACAGGUCUUGGAGCAUUUCCUCACAGAGGAUAAUUAG